UUGGUUGUGGUGGUUGUUGUAGGGUGAGGAUGCCCUUAGGCUCGGCUGUUCAUGCCGAGGUGGAUUCUCAGUGGAGUUGGUUCUGGUGGGAGGAGGUGUCGGAUGGAUUAUACCUGAUCCGUGAGCGCUUCUUCGAGCCAAGUAAACGGGCCAAUAUCUGGUUGCUGCAGGGCUCGCAACGAGACCUGGUGAUAGACACAGGCCUCGGCCUGAUGAGCCUACCCAGAUUCCUGAGCUCGGCAGGCCUCAUCGGCACCAAACCGGUUAUGGCUGUGGUCACUCACAUCCACUUCGACCACUCGGGAGGUUUGCACCACUUCGACAGAGCGGCAGUGCACAGAGCCGAGGCCAGUGCCUUGAUGCGGGGAGACAACUUCGAAACAGCCACUUGGCUGUCUGACUGGGACAUUAAAAGGCGUCCUCAGCGGAGCUGGAGAGCCAAAAAUUAUAGAGUAAAAGCUGUGCAACCUGCCCGGAUACUAGACGAUGGUGACAUUAUUAAUCUUGGAAACCGUCAGCUGACUGUUUUACACAUGCCUGGUCACUCCAGAGGUAGCAUCUGCCUUCAUGAUAAGGAGAACCGUAUUCUUUUUAGCGGAGAUGUAGUAUACGAUGGAUCCAUGAUUGACUGGCUCCCUUCCAGCAAUAUCAGCGACUACAUUCAAACUUGCAAACAUCUAAUGACUCUAGUGGACAAUAACCUUGUGAUAAAAGUGCUGCCUGGUCAUUUUGACACCUUUGAUGCUGAAAGACUUUACAGUCUAGCUUCAAAUUACAUUGCUAAUGUCGGUGUGUGCCAUAAGAUUUUAUCAUGUGCUGCAAGAUGCAUUGCAAGCCUAGCUCUAUGGUUUAAGAAUUAUAGCAAACGUGUAGAUCAUUAAGAUAGAUGGCACAAAGUUUAAUACUAUUUAAGCUUACAGGUUACUUUUAAAUAAGAUUGAUGCAAGAGGACGAUGUGUAUUUGUACAUCAAAUGAUGUUCUGUUCUUAGAUAGUUAAUGCUAAUACUUGUUAGUUACAGGAGGCAGUUUUGUAACUUCCUGCACGUAAAUAGCAAAAAUUCUACAAAACAGUAAUUUGGUAAAGUAAAUUAUGAUUAUAUUGUUAAAAAGUAGAGAAAUAAAAGUUGAUUUAACAAAAACCUUCACUACAAAAUUCAUGCUGUAGAUCAAUUUUGCAUUUUAUGAAAGGCAGCCCUGAAAAUUAGUUUAUUGUAAAAAAAAAUCCUUUCAUUGCCAUUCUUUUUAAAAUCUGGGUUAAUUUUAGAAUGUUAGAUUGAUGUAAUUUUGUUCCUUGCUGGGAGCUCAAUUGAAAUGUGCCCUAUCAAAUUUUGUAUGUAAAUGAACAUAAUUACAAAAAUGCCUGCUUAAGUUUUAUUGACUAUUUCUGCACUCAUCUCAUAACCAUAUAUAACCAUUCCCUUGAGUGGGGAAGGAAAACCUUUCUUGGCUUUAUACUAAUGUUAAGAAAAAUGUUGGAAAUAAUCACUUAGCCAAUAUAUGAUAAUGGAAUAUCAAAAUUAUGGCUCCAGUCAAAUAAUCCUUCCCUGUGAAUUUCUCAAUUGGUUUGAUGCAUACAAAGAAUAAUCUUGUAUGAUAAACAACAAGGUCCAGUAGUCAUUGUAAGAAUUAAAUUUAAUGACAGCUUUUAUAAUGCAAGUACAACUCUGUAGCGUGGAUACAUGGCUGCAAUUUAUAGUUUUGAAUCUGACAGCAGUUCUGCACACUGCCUGGCUGUGGUCUGGGAAGACCUCUGGAUGUGUAUUUACAUGCAUGUGGAGCUCUGCUUCUGGCUAGUAAAUUUUAAGUAAAUUGCAGGGACUGAAGAACACUUAAAUAAGUUCAGCUUUGGUUUAUAAAGUGUUCAGAAGAUACAACAGGUUGUCCAUGCACUAGUUAGGGUUUAAUUUACAAAAAACUGGAGUUAUACAACAUGCAGUGUCGGGUGAAAUGGUAUGAGAUUACUUCAUCCUCUUUAAAUACUCCCACACUAUGAUUCCAAUUUUCUGGUCCAGGGAAGCAAAAUUUCACUUAAAUU